AUGGAUCUGUUGUUGCCUUUUUUUAUUAUUCUUAAGGUUCUCUGUCAUGUUCGUGGUUAUCCCUCCGGUGCGCCCACCGGUGCCUGUGAGGAUAUGAUGCCUCGACACUCCGGCGUGCAGCCUCAGCCUUUUCCUCUACCAUACACCAUUGUCACCAACACAUGGACAUUUCAGCCAGGACAGCCCGUUACAGUGACAGUGAGGGGACCAGAUUACAGAGGUGUGCUUCUCGAGGCUCGGACAUUCGGCAACACAAAUGCUUUGGGAAGCUGGCAGCUGCCUCCACCGGACACAAAGUUUCUUCAGUGCACAGGGAAUCCACAGGGUGCUGUCACUCACUCCAACACCAACCUGAAGGGCAACACCACUGUGUACAGCUGGAUACCACCCGACUCUGCAAGCCCCGUCUACUUCAUGGCCACUGUAGCUCAGCAGCGAGCGGUCUACUGGGUUGGUGUGAGGUCCAUGACUCUGACCAGAGGGAAACCAGAAGAAGUCAAUCUGGCCACCACAGGAGCGAGUGCAGGGAUGGCUGAAGAGAAACCUCUACUUGUUCUCAUUGCAUGUUUACUGAUGUUUCAGGCGCUAGUGUGGAAAUAA